AGAUGCAGCAGGAACCCGGCCCCGAUUGGAUCGAUCCCCAUUCCACUUUGAGAUCAGUAUGCCGCUGAUCCAAAAUAUUUUGAAAGUAGUAUUAAAUUAGAGAACGGAGAUUUGUUGAAGGUGUGCUAAAGGUUGUGAGACAAAAUGUUUUGACCACAAACGGUCACGCUCUUUUUGUUUUGGAAUUUUGCAUUUUUCUUCCCCACGAUUUUUUUCAGGAUGAUCAACGAUGUAUCUAUCGUAAGGCACUUGCAUAUACCAACUAGUAUCCAAGGGUCAUCGUCGCGGUGAUCUUGACGACACUCAGAACGAGAGCGUCAUCUGUCGUUCCUAUUAUUCCAAUUUUUUCGUAUUCCUUUUCCUAUUGAAAAUUUAAGUCGUGCUGCAAGCAGCAUUUCCAUUCGCAGCGCAACAAGCGUGGUAUUCAAUUUGAUUUGCGCGUGGUUUGUACUAGAUAUGGUGUUUUUUCGACGUGGUUAUUUGAAAAAAUAUUAGCUACAGGCCGGUACUAUCGUGAGAGUAGUGCAUUCCUGUUGCAAAGCGAAGCCCGACACAGAUAUUGAUCUUUCCAUGUGUGGCUUGAAAUAAAGUUGAUUCCCUGUAGUAUCAUUCAGAAAGGCAAGGAAGGGUGAACAUCAAGGCCGUUCACGGAAUAAAAUACGUGUGAUCCAGCUUUUUUUUGAGUUUUGAGCAAAGCACUGAUUUUGAAAGAAACGACUUUCUGCUGCUAUAGACCACAUGGAGCUUGGCAAUGGCAGAACUUGAACUAUACUUACUAGGACCUGUUGGUAUCGACACUCGACGAAUCGUGAAGGUGAAGCGAUGCCUGCUAUGUUAUUGCAGUAGCGGAUGAGACUGGUAACAACACAAGACGAGAGCUCGAAUAUCGACAAGCUGUGCAGUGGUCUUAGGGACGAAGUUGAUUUAUUUUAACGCUUAGUUGUAUCCAUCGAUAAAAACCUAUGAUUUUAUUUCACUGAAAAAUGUACAUUACGCCUUUGUCUUUGACUUUGUAUGAUACGGAAAAAUUAUGCACUCGAAUAUGAAUAUGAUCCUCGAAUACGAAUUCAGAGAAGUAAACCGGCCGAAAGUUCUGAUUUGCCUAUAUCGGCUGUAGUAAUCAGAAACUGGCGCGGCUUCGGCUCCGAACCGGUAAUUGGCCGCUUCAAGCAGCAGGGCGAGCGAUAGAAGGGCGGAACAAUAACUACCUAGAUUGGAGGAACCAAUCGGCUGCAGGUGGAUGUGCGACGACGACAAGAAGCAAAAACCUGACGAAGAUUUCUCGCCCUUCCUGCUACUAAAUUAAAGUCUUUCAGCACUCGUCCGAUCAUGGCCGCUGCAUCCCAGGAAACAGUUGCACGGAGAACAAAUAGUUGUCCCGGCCCGCCGGACAUCGAGGUUCCACGUAUACCCAGCAGCUCAACAUCGUCUGCAGAUGAGAGGACCGCUACUGGUGACUCGAAUUCGAAAAGCACAACGUCGAGCAGCUCGGGGCCUCCGGAGCAGCCGCAGCAGGCGCAGGGGCACGAUCAUGUUGAAAUAGCACAAAACAACUCAUCUGCCGCUGCUGGGAGCACAACAAGAAGGUCUACGAAUGCUGAGGCUCCUGGCGCGUCGGUAAACGAUGAACUACAGGCCCCAUCCGUAGUUGCACCAGGGGGAGGUGGAACAACGACGAGCACAACAGCUACGUCCUCUACUAGUAACGCGACCGGAGGGGCAAUCAUGACGUCGACGGAUGUGGCACGAGGACAACAGCAGCGACCCCCAAGCGCACCUCCCCCUGUUGUGGCUGUGACCGCACCCCCGUUUAUUCCCGGAGCCAUGCAGCACAACGUCCAAAAUAUGACUACACUUGUUGGUGGAAACGUCGCAAACAGUGCGGCCACGAACGUACUACCGGGUAGUUCGCACCUCCAGCAAGUUGCCCCUGCUUUGCAGCAGCACAGCCUGGUUUCGUCCGUGGUUCAAAGCGCGCACCAGCAGUACUUUGCCCAACAGGUCGUGCAGCAGCACCAGCAACAAAUCAUGCAACAGCAAUUUCUCGCGCAGCAGCACCACCAGCAGUCUCAACAGCAGCAGAUGUUCGCACCGCAGCAGUCGCACCAUCAACUGUUUUUGCAGCAGGCCGCCGCCGGGGUCGUGCGCGGACCAGCCGUCGGCAGUGCGAAUUUUGGUGGUGCGCCGCAGCUACCCGCAGCACCGGCGUUUCCACCUUUCGGGGACCACCAGCAUCUUGUCCCGCCGAUGGCGCCAAGACCACCUUCAAAUAACUCGAUGCAGCCGACGGGUCCAUCCCCGCCAACGGCUUCCGUGGCCAGUAUGUUUGCAGCCCCGCCCCCAAUCGGUGCAAUGGGCGGAGGUGGCGCGAGUAGUACGACAACAACCGGAGGCGCGAACGCCUCCGUUAUUUCCCCGCACCCGUCGAUGUUUCCCUCACACAUAGGAGGUGGACCACCUCCGGGCAUGCUAAGCACCAUGGGAAUGCCCACUUCCUCUGGGGGCGGUCCAAGUAGGACUUCUACAGGAAUCAUAAUUGGUGCACCAAACGGGGGAACAUCUUCUACAUCAAUAUCCAAUGCAGCGAUUCCGUACUUCCCUACUCCGCCGUGUGGCAUGCCUCCCGCGAUAUUUCAGCCGCAAGCGGCCGGUGGAUCGUUAUUUCCAGCCGCCCCUACAGCACCGCCUCCUAGUAACGGACCUAUCGGCGCAGCGGAUGUGGAUAAGGCUCCUCUUCUAGGGCAUGGGCAGCAAAACGACAGCAGCACGUCCUCGUGCUCCUUCCGUCCGACUGCGGUCGAGUUUAUUCCUCACCAGAUUACAUACCCACCGGUCCUGCCUCCAGCUGCCAACACGACAAUCGUGAGUAAUCUUAACAGCACGACGACCCUAAAUUACGGAACAAACCGCGAUGAUCUGAAGGGAAUACCUAAAGAUAUGCCAACAGCGCAACCGACCCUGGGUUCUAUGAUAAUCGGCUCGGAAGCUUCAUCAAGCAAUCAAAACGUUGUAUCUACGUCUUCGCAGCAGGAGAACAGCAAUCACCCGCAGCCGCUUGCCUUGAAGAUAUCGACCGGAGAAAUCAAAAAAUUCGUCCAACCCGCACUACGUCCUCAGUGCAGCCCCGGUGGAGGCCCGACCACGAGCUCUAGCAAGCAGAAGAACGACAACAAGAGUUCGUCGCAAACCUCAGUUACCGGUGCUAGUACCGCAGGCUCAAGCAAUGCCGCAAGUAGCCAGUCUUCCGGUUCCAAGCUUUCUUCUACGUCUCCACAGCGAAGACCACAACUCGUGGCAGGGGCUGUGUCCUCAACCUCUUUCGGCAACGAACACUCCAUGCCGCCACCGCCCCCGGCGCCCGGUCAUCGGACCGGGGAAAUGAAGACGCAACAGCAGCAUCAGGAUACACGACCUGCGACCUUCACCAACUUUAAUGCGCAAGCCAUAUACCAGCACCAGCAGCAGCAGCGACCGCACCUCGCUGGCGGGGCAGCGGCGACUGGUACUAGUACCGCGGGGAUGAACACCGCGUCUUCGCACAGUACUAGUAGUUCCUAUCACCCAGCUGGUCCUGGUCCCAGCGCUUCGUCGUCGAGCAUGCAGAUGCAACAUAAUUGUUCCGGAUCCGGCACCAGUGGUAAUAGUUACAUCGGGCAGCAGCAACAUCAAAACCAACAGCAACAGCAAUAUCACCAGAGCAACAUGCCCCCGAAUAAACAAUUGAUGCAUCAAGCGCAGCGGUCGCAGGUGCGGAAAUUCCAGGAAACGUCGAGUGAGUACAACGACUUUUGCCGCGAGUUUUCGGGGGUGAUGAAACUCCAGAACGAAAAUCUCUACGGCACCGGGCGCGACCUGAACAUCACGGAACGGGCCGUCGCCCGGUGGACGGAAGUGAACGCCACCGACGAGUUCGUGCAGAAUUGGCACGACCAGACCAUUUUGAUGAUCCAAAACUCGCACUACUACCGCAGCCGCGUCGACUAUCCCGCGAAAAAAGUGUUACAGUUACACAUUUGUUGUCAAUUUAGCAACACAAAUUUCUCUGCAUAAGAGAGAAAACUUGUAAUGCAGAAAUCCUACGGGAAAACACCUAUGAAACGAGGCUCCUAUGCAUAUCCGGCAUGAAAGAGCUUGUCUGUCUUGCUUGGCCUGCAACACAAUGUGUAACUGUAGCACUUUUUUCUUGCGAUAUCGACGUGGAUAGCAUUCGCCUGCAGGUGCUCAAGGGCGACGCGCGGAACCGCGAUUUGAUGCCGAUGAACAACAGGGGGGGCAUGGAUCAGCACAACGAGUUAUCAAAAGGAAAAAUCCCCCCUCCCCAUAUCGAAAGCGAAAUUUGUGAUGCUGGAUUUGAGAACACAAAUCAGAUUUGUCUUGCUGAAGAGGACUGCAGGCCUACAUCAAGCCUGAGUAGAGAGGUUUUGGCCUAGGCGCUUAGCAUGAGAAACGUCUGCGCUGUAGGCCAAACAGCAUCACAAACCGCCUGCAUAAUGCGGCGGAGCCUGUGUAAUUGCCUUCUUGCAAGACAGAGGCCGUUUGUGAUCGCAAAUCAGCAUUGCAAACUUUCUGCGACGUGCCUUUUCGAUAUGGGGAGGGGGGAUUUUUCCCCUGGAUACGAGUGGGGCAGCGCCGAGUGGAGCGGCGACCAGCAGGGAGGAGGAGGUGUCGGGCCGGGGGCGUCCUCAAGUACCUGCUGGAAUAACCGUAGUGGUGCUGGUGGCGCAGGCGCACCCCAUAAUUGUGCGCCUUACCAAGACAACGCUAGUACACCGCAACGCUUUCGUGCGGUGUUUCUGGCGGACGACUGGCAGGACGAGCGUGUGUCACACAAGCUGAGCCUGCUCGACUUCGAUCCGCAAGAAAAAGAGCUCACCCUGAUCAACUACUCGUCCGUGCUCCCCCCGCGGGCCUUUGCGGCGGGGCACACGGGGAACGAGAAACUCGGCCAGCACCAGAAACGCGCCAAGGGCAAGUUUGGCGAUGGCUUGCAGUCGGCGUGCUCCGUUUUUGCCCGGAAAGGAAAACACAUCCGGAUCGACAGCGCACCUGGAUACCAGUACACCUUUCAGUAUCAACUGCAGGCCGGCCUCGAUAGCGUAUUCACUUUGAUGAAUUUUUUUGGUGGUGCAUUUUUGUUUUCAUUUCGUUUUCGUCGUUUUUAUGUGGGCACUCGCACCUCGUGUUUGUGAGUUGUACAAACACUGAGUCCAGCAAAGGCUAGCUGAUUGUAUUUCAACGAAAGUAUUUUUCGGAGCAGCCUGCGUUUGCGUAUUACAUACCUACGUAUACCACGUUGAUCUCGUAGAAGGAAACAGAGAAGCUUUACUUCGUCACCAAAAAAAAAACCAGGUUUACACGCUGCAUUACAAGUUGUCCGGGACCAGCGAAGUGUGCACCGCGGGUGGCGGCGAUGGGUUUGGCCUCGAUUGCGGGGACGACUUCAACUCGGCAACCGACACGCGCGUGCGGCUCCGGGGCGCCAACUUCGAUCGGCAGCGGUACCUCUUUCUGAAUCCCGAGGACAUGAAAGACCGGUGCUUUCGCCCAUUUCUGCGCCAAAAGGAAAUGCCCAACAAGUACGAGAUCCUCCGGGGUCCCUGUCUGCGGAAUCGGAUCUACGUCAAGGGCAUGCUGGUGCAGCAGCCGCAUUUGGACGACCACGGUGUAUGGGGGUGUUUUCAAACGUUUUACUUUGUCACCUCUGUCACAUGAAUUCGUGAUGCAAGUAAGGCAAAAGUGCAAAGCAAAACAAGGGCGAUAAAGCUUGCGCCCCUUCUUGCAUUAAAAACUCCUGACUUCUGCCGUGCUAGUAAAUACGUCGAGCACUUGUCACGCGAAGUCGCUUGGUUUUGUGGAGUCUCGGGCUGAUCGCAAUUUUGCAUGGCAAAUCGUGCGACAGAAGACAAUGUAAAUAACAUUUGAGAAUCCCAUACUCCGCGCGCAUUGCCUUGAGCAAAACAGACAAGUACUUCGGGUACAACCUGCUCGAGUUUGACAUGAAAAGCCGCGACCGGGAAAACAGUAUCGACAUGAGCCAGGAACGCCACGCCAUCGUGCACGCCUGGCACGAGGUGCUGUGCAAGGCGUACGUGGACAAGAGCGAACGGAGCCAGCGGGAGCACGAGGAGCGCGCCCGGGUGCUGUUCCGCGCGUUCGAACGCGCGCCGGAGUGCUUUGAGUGCAGCGUGAUCGGCAGCUGCCCCGACCGGUAUGGAAACGAGAUCCGCCAAAAAAUGUGGGAGUACUUCAAGAGCUACUACCAGGAUCCGAAAAGAUGCGCGGCGCCGGGGAUGCCCGUUGCCCACGGAAACGACAGCAGGAAAAAGUACUUCAGAAUAAAGCUGAACUUAUGUUUAGAAGAAGGUAGCUAGACACGGCUGCAGCACGCGUGGCCCGUGCUGUUUGGGUCUGAUGGAUGCGCAACGUUGUUGCAUAAAGCGUACUGGAGACAGAUGUUGCAUAAAGCGUACUGGAGAGUUCUUGUACUGGAGACAGAUGCAGUUCUCGACAUACAAAAUGUGAAUUUUCUCAAAAUCAAAAACAAGAAACCUGCAACAAAAAUAAAUAACUGCUGCUACCUAAAUAGGUUGAUCAAACGGUGUGGAUACAAUCCGGUGCAAUUUCACUCUUCUUUGUGCAACAUGCUGGCCUCCUUUCUCCCCGACCUGGAGCAGGAGUGGUUAUCCAAGCGCGCAGUCCUGCUAGAACAGGAGAGCGAGGACGUGUCCCAAAGCGGCAAGAUGAUAAAGGACAUAGCGACCGGGCUGUUCGGGGAGUUUUUUCGAAAACGCAUCGAGGAGGCGAAGCAUGCCUGGAACGUGAAGAUGCCCCCAGAUGUUGCGAAAAGCGUCCGCGUCAGGGGCGUCGGGAUGAAGCUGCAGGGUGGCGGUGGUAUUAACAGUUCUUCCGGCUCAACAACAUCUGCUUCCUCCUCCAUGUGGGGUGGCGGCCCCGCAACAUCGGCUGCUUUCAGCCCGGUGAAUCUGACCGUGAAAGUGGUCCACAGCCGGAAUCGGGAGUGCCGCAGCGAGGUGGCGAGCCUGAGCGGUGACUCGUUGAACUACUUUUCGCUGAGCGGGUUUCCGACCCGGGGGGAGCGACUCGACGGUGUGUAUGAGGUGCGCGAGAACUAUGCAAGAAAAAAAAAUGUGUUAGUGUAACUGCAUCACAAAUUUGCUCUACAUGACAGAGAAAAUCUGUCAUGCGUGGCUUGUAAGGGAAAACACACAUGAAAAGAGGACUUCAUGGUUGUCUGGCAUGACAGUUGUAACGUUGUUGCAUGUUCUGCAUUACAGAGUUACACUUACACAGUUUUUUUCUUGCAUAAGAACCAGGUAAUGAACAAUGUUUUCACCGCGUGGCAGAUCACGAAUCCGUACACGUAUUACAGUAAAAAAUGCCCCCACUCCCAAACAAGUCGCAAAGAUUUGCGAUGCGAAGUUUCCAAAUGAAAACUUUUUGUCAUGCAUGAAAGAAGUGCGAAUCUUUCUGAUGCAGAUUCUAGGCGUGUAUUGCAUCGCUUGCAUGACAAGCGCCACUCUUUCUGGGGUCUUUUGCAAUACAAAUUUUUGCUAUUCACGAUUGGAAACCUGUGAUGCUGAUAGAUGCAAGAGGGCGAAUGUUUCAUUUGGAAAGGUUUGCAAUACAAAUGCUCCUAAGUUCGGGGGUGGGGGCAUUUUUCACUUUGAUAACACGAAACAGAAGUUUCCCGUGAACCCGCAGGGCAAUGCUGCCGGCACGACCAUGAGCCACACCUACGUCCACAACGAACAACACUUUUUGUACAAUGACUACGGUAAGUGGCACCUGAACUACGCGAACAAGUUCAGCCGGCUGGGAAACUUCCGCGAUUCCCGCCCGCUGGCUUCGUGCAUCAUGGGAUUCUGCUAUGAUUGUGUACAAGUGCAGCUUUUGGUUCCAACUCGUGUGGGUCCCCCUCAUUAAUUUGCAAAUGCAAAAAACCAAAUCAUAAUUAACUUUACUAUAGGCACUGUCUGUUGGGCAAAGAACAGUACAACUUCUCCAAUCUUCCGUGCGCAGAUUCAUUUUCUGUCGUUUCUGGUUUGUUUUGGUUACAGCUGCUGGUCGUCUUGCUGCUCAUGCCAUAAGCAUCGAUCGAUGAGGGGCCGCGACGGCUUAGGACCACACGAGUUCUUUUGCACUCUUCGAUAUCUGGCACAGCAAAGACACCAAUGGGUGGAUCGAGAACACGGCCCCCGUCGGUAACACUUUCAAGGGCAACAAUGCGAAGGGGAAGGGAAAGCAGCAAGGCGGUGGUGGGGUUUAUAAUUUCGGAACAGCAAAUAAUGGCGGCGCCGGGGGUGAGCUGAAUUCCAUUUCAAACAGUAAUCAGCGAGGGCAGAAUAUCCCACGAAAAAAGUGGUCUAUGUAUAGUUACACAUUUGUUGUCAGUUCAGCAACACAAAUUUUCUCUGCACCAUGAGAGAGAAAACUUGCAAUGCAGAGACCAUAAAGGUGGCCAAGAAGACGUACGAAAUGAGGCUCGAAAGCAUUUUGCGCAUGACAGAGAGUGUCUCUGUUGCUUCGUCUGCAACAGCACAGUGUGCAACUGUAACAUUUUUUUCUUUGCAUACAGAAGGAGGUGAAAAUCGACGUGUGCAGCAUGUUCGACCCGAACACGACCGCCCACUUUAUGGCGUUCUCAAACGUUACAUUCUCAACUGUCACAUGAAUUUGUAAUGCAAGACUAGCACAGGUGAGAGGGAGAACCUUGCGCGUCUUGCAUUACAGGUUUGAUCCGGAUUACAGUGCUAUUUAGCCUUCCGAGAAUUUGUCAUGCGAAGCAGCUUGAUCGUCUGGCGGGUCAUGGUCAUUUUGCAUGACAAAUCAUGUAACAGGUGAGAAUGUAACGCUUGAGAACCCCAUACACUUCUGCCUGACGAUCAACACCAGCAACGCGAACGGGCGGGAGGACGAUUACAUCGCGGAGUUCAACCAGAAAUUCGUAGGGGCGCAGCACCAGCAGCAGUCGUCCGCCGUGCACACGGUAUGAACUGCAAAUAUGUCUGGGUCUGGAAGAUUGCAGAUGUUUGUGAUGCAGAGUCUGCGUAAGUAACCCAGAAGAACUAGCAUGCAAGCCUCAGCAUCACAGGUUUGGAGCAGGUUCCUCAAUGCCUAAUCCGCAUGACAAAUCCCCUUUGUCGGUGACACGAAAAAGGGGUACUGUUUCUGCCCAUGCAUGGCAGAUUUUUCUAUCACGUAAAAUGCGCAUCAUAAGUUGCAACCUUCCAGACCCAGACAUAUUUGCAAUUCAUACACGGUCCCCAGCUACCAGAUGUUUUGGCAGGAGAUGGUGAACCAGGUGGAAAUCGAGUGCGGCCGCCUACGGUGGUACAUGAGCAAGGAGGAGAAGAAGUGCCUGAUGCACACCGGGCUGUCGCAGUUGUGCCAGGGACUCGGGAUUCAGACCACCGUGCAAAUACAAACGAUGCAGGAUCUGUUAUUCUGAGUAAAAACGUCCCCACCCCAUAGUCAAGGAAUUUCUCUGUGCUUUAAAUUUGGUCUUUUCCAGUACAUAAACACCCCAUAGUCAAGAUGGGAAAACUGCUAGACAAAUCUACGAGCUUAGGUUGUUGCGCAUGACAGGCUUGGCCUCAUAUUGUAAUGCUGUUGAGCUCGUUCGGAAGCAUCACAAAUCUGGCCCACCGUGCUGAUUGGAGCAGUACAAAUUCCAAAACACGACUAGAAGUUGCUUCUCAUGGGGCUCCGCAUUAGAAACAUUUUGAGCAUGCGUUUUUGCAUUACAACUAUGGGGUGGAGACGUUUUUACAUAGGAUAUCUGUUGAAGGAGCAGGACCUGGACAAGGACGACCAGGAUCUUCAAAACGACAUAUCAAAAUGAAAAAUCCCCCCACCCCAUGUCAAAUCGAAGUUUGUGAUGCUGGAUUUGCGUACACCAAUCAGAUUUGUCUUGCUGGAGAGGACUGCAGGCCCAUACCAAGCCUGAGCAUAGAGGUUUUGGGCUAGGCUCUUAGCAUGAGAAACGUCUGCGCUGUAGGCCCAACAGCAUCACAAAUCGCCUGCCUAGAGCGGCGGUUGUCUGUGGAGGUGCCUUCUUGCAAGACAGAGAUGAUUUGUGGUCGCAAAUCAGCAUUGCAAAUUUUCUGCUACGUACCUUCUCGAUAUGGGGAGGGGGGAUCUUUCCUCACAAUACGACAUGUACUACAACGAGGACGACGAUAAUUACCCGCCCGAGGUUCCGCCGUGCUGGGACGACGAUGACUACGAUGACGAGUUUCCGGUCGGACCGCAGGAGCAAGCCUCCUCGUCCUCGCGGAUCCCCACCGGAGCCAAUAACGCAAACAGCAAGGAGCAGAACACGACCAGUGGCAACAAGAAAGAUCUCAAUAAAGUAGACCACGACGAAGCACUGGAUCAGCCGCGGCGAACGGCAAGCAACGCAAAUGAGGCAAUGCACGACAGCAGCAAUCCGCUGUUCGAAAUUCCGAACAUGAAAGACGCGAACGGCAAACCGCUGGUUCUUAUGCAUUGCAAAUAUGUCUGGGUCUGGAUCUGGAAGGUUGCAACUUGUGAUGCUGCAUGUGGAUACUACAAAAAUCUGUAUUGCAUGAACAGCAAAAGAGGUCCAGUUUAUGCCACGGCGAGAGGGCAUUUCUCAUGCGGUAUAGACAUGAGGAAACCCUCACAAAAUCUGUGAUGCUACGGCAUGCAUCACAGACGUCAGGAGUCAUGCAAACUGCGCAUGACAAACCUUGCAUCCUUCCAGACCCAGACAUAUUUGCAUUUGAUAGUUCUGACCAGGGAGCAGCUGGAAAAGAAGAAGGUCGUCCGGUUUCCCAUCAACGACGGAACAGCAGGCGCCGGAACGACCGCCGCGGACGCAGACAAAAAGAAAAUCACCUCCAGUAUGGGAUUCUCAAUUGUUACAUUCUCAACUGUUAAUUUAACAGUGUUACAUGAAUUUCUGAUGCAAGAAUGGCAACAGGGAAAGGGCGGAUCUUGCAACUCUGGCAUUACAAGUUAGGCACAAACUCCCAUGCUGUUUAGCCCUUCCAAAAUUUGUCAUGCGAGGUAGCUUCACUGUGUGGACGUCGACGUGGACGUCGAUGCCCAUUUUGCAUGACAAAUCAUGUAACAGUUGAGAAUGUAACAUUUGAGAACGCCAUAUCCAGCCAGCGGCACGCGUACGAGAGCUACGACCUCGCCCAGACGCUAGCGGACACGAAAUACAACCACAAGAAUAUUACAAUGAAAAAUGCCCGCACCCCCGAACUUGGGAGCAUUUGUAUUGCAAACCUUUCCAAAUGAAACAUUCGCCCUCUUGCAUCUAUGUAUCAGCAUCACAGGUUUCCAAUCGUGAUGAAUAGCAAAAAUUUGUAUUGCAAAAGACCCCAGCAAGAGCGGCGCUUGUCAUGCAAGCGAUGCGAUACACGCCGAGAUUCUGCAUCAGAAAGAUUCAUACUCCUUUCAUGCAUGACAAAAAGUUUUCAUUUGCGAACUUCGCAUCACAAAUUUCAGCGGUGGGGGGCACUUUUCACUGUAAUAAAGAACGAUCUGCUAGGGGAGAACGAACAAGACAACGGCUCUGAAGAUGCAAACAACUCCGAGGUGAUCGACCGAAACAAGAUGAACUCGUUGAACGUGCCUCACAUGAACAAGUGCACACGCGAGCUUUUCUAUCCCACGAAAAAACUGUUUCACUGUGAACUUGUGAUGCAUGGAAUGGAACACAAAGCUAUUUCUAUUUGUCUUGCUACACGUGCAAGACAUUGGAUUUUUAAGGGUGUUUCCCCUUGGGAAGUGCGCAUGGCAAAUUUUCUGUGCCAUGUGUGACAAACUUGUGAUGCACAUCUUGCAAAAUCAUCACAGUGAAACAGUUUUUUCCUGCGAUAUUCUCCGCAGUAUCUUUAAUUUUGACCCUACCCGCCCCACGUGGAACGUAGUCAGUGCGAAGACCGUACGCGUGCAGGGAGAGAAUUUUGAUGCCGGUGUUGGAGAAGGUACAGCAACUGGAAGUGCAAGUUCCGCCGCUGUGACUGCUGGAGCUGCAAGUUCAUCAAGCAGUAGCAGCUCCUCCUACUUAUCGACCAACAAUAAAUGCGGAAAUAUUAGUAAAGGUGCAGAUGAUGACCCAAGGGUCCCGGGGUCGUCCUCCUACAUUGAGUUGGACGUGAUUCCCGCGGAGGGCAAGCCGUUCUGGCAGAAUACCAUGCUGGACGUCCUGCGGGCGGGACAGGGAAAGCCGAUUCUGCUAUCAGAAGGAAAAAUCCCCCCUCCCCAUAUCGAAACGAAGUUUCUGAUGCUGGAUUUGCGUACACAAAUCAGGUGUGUCUUGCAGUGAAGGACUGCAGGCCCAUAUCAGACCUGAGUAGAGAGGGGCUAGCCUAGGCGUUUAGCAUGAGAAACGUCCAUGCUGUAGGCCCACCAGCAUCACAGACCGCAGGCAUAAUGCGGCGGAGCCUGUAGAGUUGCCUUCUUGCAAUACAGACGCGACUUAUGGUCACAAAUCCGCAUUACAAAUUUUCGGAGGCGUGCCGUUUCGAUAUGGGGAGGGGGGAUUUUUCCUUUUGAUAUCUGCGGAACCCGCAGGAGCAGGAGGAGUUCCGCAAAGAGCAGCUCGCUAUCAAAUGCAAAAAUGUCUGGGUCUGGAAAUUAUCUAGACUUGUCAUGCAUGUUUUCCAUGCCCCAUGACGUCUGUGAUGCAUGCCGUAGCGUGACAGAUUUGUAGAGCGCUUUGUGAUACCUCUACCGCAUGAGAAACGCCCUCUCCGCGUAGCACAAACUGGAGUCCUCUUCCCUGGUCAUGCAAUACAAUUUUUUUCAGAAUCCAGCGACAUUAGCACUUCCGGUUGGUAGAGCGAUCGGCUACCGAGGCACGUCAGGGGGCGUCGCUACUUCAAUUCAAUUCAAUCCAGCGACAGCAUCACAAGUUUAGAAUGUUCCAGACCCAGACAUAUUUGCAUUUGAUACUUGCCCAGCUUGACGAAGCGCUCCGCGUCCUGAACGCGUGGCGGGAGCAGAUUGCCGACGGCGCCUGCAUGGAGGCGGGGGGCUCAAAGGGAAAAGGGAAGAAGUCCUCUGCUUCGACCAUCGCCAGUCGCAUGGGCAUGGGGAUCCCCGACGGCGAGCAGCGGUGGCAUACGGAAAUAGGGCUACGCGACGAUCGCAGUCGCUAUCCCGCGGGGUACGAGCCGGAGAGCGACGAGGAGGACGAGCAGGACGACACUUCUGAUGAGGAAGAGGACGAGGAAGAAGAAGAUACUAUUACCUCUGCAGAAGAGGAUAUCACAAAUACUACGAGUCAGAAGCUGCAACAUCAAAGCACUGUGGUCAACAUCGACGCAGAAGAAAUUACUUUACCCGCAAGAACAUCAAACGGAAAGAACGCCGGAGCAACUGCAAACGGAGAUGUUGCGCCUUGUGACUCGCUACAGCACGACGGAGGAGGGCCUCCAAAUACAGCACGCUCAAGUUGUAGUAGACCAAAGGAAUUAUCCCCAGUGGCUAUGACGUAUGCCGACCGACUGAAGAUGUCAAGAAGCAAGACAACCACGACUAGCAGUAAAACUUCGACUAUCAAAAGUACUUAAAAAUGUCUGGGUCUGGAAGAAGAGAAAUUUGUCGUGCACAUUUUCCAUGAUCCAUGAUGUCUGUGACGUAUACCAUAGCAUAACAGAUUUUUUGAGCGCCUAUCGAUGCACAUCCUGCAUGACAAAUGCCCUCUACGCGUAGGCAAAUUUGACUCAUCUUGCUGCUCAUGCAAUACAGAUUUUCUGAGCAUCCAAAUGCAGCAUAACAAGUUUGGCUCUUCCAGACCCAGACAUUUUUGCAUUUGAUAUCGACGUCGGCCUCCAACGCACCGCCCGCUUCCGUGCCAAAAGCGAACGUCCGACCAAACACCAAUAGAAUCACAAAGGAAGAUCUCUAUGCAAGAAAAAAACUGCGUAAGUGUAAAUCUGUGAUGCAGAAAAUGCAAAACAGUUACACUUGUCAUGCUCGACAUGCAUGAUCGGCUCGCUUCCUCUGUGUUUUCCCUUUCUAUCUGCGCAUAACAAGUUUUUCCUGUCAUAGCAGACAAACUUUCGUUGCAGUUUUCCCAAACGACUUACACUAACACAGUUUUUUUCUUGGAUAAUCUCGGCGCUUGGGGUAAUCCGGACAGCGACUAAAUACAGACGAGGCCGCAAUACUACAUAUAAGGACUUCGACGACUAAUUGAUAUUGAAGAUGAUGCAACGUAACUACUAGAAAUUUUUGAGAUCAUACUUCUACUGCAGGUUGAGCAGUUAGUUUCCAGGUGAGAAUAUGCGGUUUUAUUUUUCAAAUCAUACGAUCGAUAAUUUAAUCAACAACGCAAGAGCAGCAGGGCUCGCACCGAACCCGAUGCGAACAGAGCAGGAAAGAAAGAGACAUGCUGGGCCUCUCUUAGAACUAGAUGACGGAGAGUAGACGUCAGACGAUAGAUAGAAAACUACUGGAACUACGCAGAAAAAUAUAAUGAGCAGACGACAAUGAAAAAAGAAUAAACAAGCAUCAUGGUUGAUGUGAUCGAUUGCGCUCGAAUCGUCGCGCGAUUGUUACUAAUAUUCCUGGUGUCCUCUUUGGCCAAGCAACAA